AUGUCCAGCAAGCCCUCCGCGGCCACUAGAGCCUCCUCUCGCACUAAAACGGCGUCCUCAACUGUCCCGACGACCACCAGGACCACAAGAGCGCGCGCAGCCAAGACCACAACAACGCCUGCUGAAGCCCCUGCUCCUGCUGCAAAGAAAGCCACCCGGAAGCCCCUCGUUAGCAAGGACAACUCCAUUGACGCACCUAUGCCUCCGGCUAAAGGAAAGACCAAAUUUGCACCCACUAGGAAGACAGCAAAGCAGGCCAAUGUCGAAUCCGAGCGCGAGCCGAUCAUGGCAUACCUUCGAAUUCGACCCCGUAUUGGAGAAGAAGACCCAAAUUCAAUCCCUUAUCUUACUCCCCUCUCCGACACGAUGGUCAACAUGACCGAUCCUCAAGACCCCCAGAACGCCAGAUCGAAAUAUAGGAUAUCCACCGUACCACCAUCUUCGAUCUACACUUUCUCCCAUGUCUUCCCUCCGAACACAACACAGCUGGAUUUUUUUACGAAAACGACACUUCCUCUAGUGCAAGACGUCUUAACAGGCCAGAACGGGCUCCUAUUUACCUACGGCGUUACGAACUCAGGCAAGACCUACACCGUUCAGGGUGGAAAGGAAGAAGGAGCAGCCGGAAUUCUGCCUCGUUCUUUGGAUGUCAUCUUUAACAGCAUAGAAGGUCUACACGGAGACGGAAGAUACCGACCUGUCCGCUUGUACGGGGUCGAGCUUGCAGAUGACACAGAUUCGAAAGCACCUCCGACCAUGCCCGAGCCUGCGAUUGUUGAAGUGCUUGGCUCUCUUGAUAAUAUGGCAGAACUGGAAUUUGACGUGGAUCCAACUAUUGUCAAAGUCGACCGGAACUACGAGUACACUAUUUGGAUCUCAUACGCAGAGGUUUACAACGAGAAAGUCUACGACCUUUUGGCUUCGGUCAAAGGUGACUCUGGUACCCGUGUAGCUGGUGCUGCUCGUCAAGCUGGUAAACCUCUCCUGCUAACGCGACAGGCUCUGCCUUUGAGACCGUCGCCACCGUCGGACACCAAUGACACAGAAUCCUCUGGCAGAUAUAUUGCGGGCCUCCGACAAUUCCGUGUACAUAGUGCUGCUCAGGCGAAGGAGUUGGUUAAGUUAGGACAACUCCAUCGUCGCGUCUUCGGCACUUUGGCGAAUCGGGAGAGUAGCCGUAGCCAUAGCAUGGUUAUCAUCAAAGUGGUAAGAGGCCAUCGAGGAGAACGAGAUGACCCAACUGCUCUUCAGAUAUCCAGGCUGACACUCGUCGAUCUUGCUGGUUCCGAACGAACAAAGCACACACACACAACAGGAGACCGACUGAAAGAGGCGGGAAAUAUCAAUAAGUCGCUAAUGGUUCUCGGUCAAUGUAUGGAGGUCAUGCGUUCCAACCAGCGCAAGCUUGCCGUCAGCCUGUCGUUGGACGACAAAGACGGUCGCAUGGAUACUCGCGACGUCAAAAAAGGACUUUCAGUCGUGCCUUUUAGACAUAGUAAGCUGACUGAAGCACUCAUGGAUUACUUCAUCGCAGACGGAAGAACGGUGAUGAUUGUCAAUGUCAACCCUUACGAUACUGGCUACGACGAGAACUCGCAUGUCAUGAAAUUUGCCGCUCUUGCUCGUGAAGUAUAUACCACUCCAGCCCCAGCCCCUGUUCAACGAGUUCCUGCCACUGUUGGCCCCGGAAAAUUGCACGGAAACAAGAUCAAGAACCUUGGUCCUUUGAGUUUGAGCGAUCCUGAAAUUAUACCUUAUCCAUACUCAAGGAAGGUCACAAUUUCUGUUGGUAACAAAGGCGGAAAGAAACCUGUUGAAGCUAUCUUGGAGGUUCGAGAAGAGGAUGAGCCGCAGGACGAAAAAGAUAAUGACGAAGAUGAUGGUUAUCCCAUCAACCCAUUGGUUGAUGCCCUAUUCGAUGAAGUCGAGAGUCUGCGGAUGCAGUUGUUCGAGUCCGAAAUGCGAUGCGCCGUUAUUGAAGCCGAGACAAGAGAAGAGGUCACGCGAGAGAUGGAGGAGCGAAUGAGGACAAUGGAAGCCUUAUAUUCGAGGAGGAUGAUGGCGGAGUUUGAACAGAACGAACUCAAGACAGAUGCGAAAAUCGACAUGCUGCACCAGUCAGGCCUGUUUGGAAGCCCAGCAAAGGCAAAUCGGCGACCUCUUGAUCAGGACGAGAUGUCGGAGGAUGAGGAGGACGUUGAGAUGGUUCAAUACGGGGACGAUGAUUCGGACAUGUCCGUGGAGGAAGGGCAUAGCCGUGGAAACUCCCCGUCACCGUUGGCGAAGAAGAGCAAGCUGCCGUCGACAUCAAAGUCUCCGAGAAAGUCUAGUGUUGCUCCACAACUUAUCAUCGAGAAAAGGCAAUUCAUUCCUGAUCCUCCGAUGCUCCCUUCGGAUACAGAGGACGCAGAGAUGACAGAGACUGAGUGUACUGAAGAUGAAGAGACGAGCAGCAUAGCGCCGUCCGGUGCAACAGCGAGCGAACCAGCAGACGAUGGUGAAGAGGAAGAGGAGGAGGACUCGACUGAUCCAGACGAUGAAGAUUACUCUGAACCUGAUGACGAAGAUGACGAAGAGUGGGAAGAACCAGCGUAUUCGAAGACGCCCAAAGGAAAGAAGCGAAUUGUCAUCUCGCCCAGCCCCAGUCCUUCACCCAAAGUUACGAAAGCCGCGGAACCAUCAACUGUGAAGGGCCCUGCAAGGAAUGCUAGAGUAUCAAAGUUGGUACAGGAAAUGGAUCGGCUGGGCCUUAAAGAUGCAUACACCGCAGAUAACUCGGUUGCCAUUCUCCCCAAGAAGGCUUAUAGGAAAUCUCAAGCCUCAACUGUAGCAGCAUCAAGUAUAGUCACUGCUGAUGACGAGGCUGAUGAAGACGACUCAGACCCCUUCGAGCUCUCGGUUGUCAAGAAGAAGAAAAGACAACUUGGAAAGAAACCUAUCAUGAACGAAGAGGAUAUUAAGAAGGCCACUCAUACAGCAGAGAAAAAGAUUGCCAAAAUUCAGAGCUCUGGUAUCAUUCGCCGCCUUCAUAGGUAA